CAGGCUGAAACCGGUCUCCCGCCCGGCUGGGAGGUUCGCCACUCCAACUCCAAGAACCUCCCCUACUACUUCAACUCCGUCGACCGCACCUCGCGCUGGGAACCCCCCGCCGGCACCGACAGCGAGAAGCUCAAGCUCUACAUGGCCGCCCACCACAGCGCCAGCUCCCGGCCCGGCGCCGUGCCCGGCGUCCCCGAGGGCAAGAUCCGAGCCGCACACCUGCUAGUCAAGCAUCGCGAGAGUCGUCGGCCGAGCAGUUGGCGUGAGGCCGAAAUCACGCGCACCAAGGAAGAAGCCAUGAAGAUCAUCAAGGAGCACGAAAAGACGAUCCGCUCCGGCGCCGCCUCCCUCGGCGACCUCGCGCCCACCGAGUCCGACUGCUCGUCGGCCCGCAAGCGCGGCGACCUGGGCUAUUUCGGGCGCGGCGAGAUGCAAAAGGAGUUUGAGGACGUGGCCUUUACGCUCAAGGUCGGCGAGCUGAGCGAUGUCGUUUCGACGGCGAGUGGGCUGCACUUGAUUGAGAGGUGA